AUGGUGUUGUUGCGAUUGAUGCAGCAAGUCGGAUUCCUGGAGUCGGAUUCUGCGGGCCAGGUGAAUGUGUUCGCCACACAGCCGACGCAGUACGUGCAAGGCUCGGUGCAUGAUGUGAAGAGCAAUUCGGUGGCCCACAACAGCAUCGCUGCUGGGGGAGCACUUGUGGGAUUCGUCGCCAUUGUGCUGGGGAUGACAGCAUUGACGAGUCUGGGAGAUG